CCCCAGUCCCCACACCCUCCUCUUACCCAAAACCAGACCCAAAAAUCUUAGCCUUCUUCACCAAAAACCACACAACACACCCAGAAAAAAGAGAAAGACCCAUUUUAAUAUUAACACACUUUACCAAAAUUGACCAGCUUUCUUCAAUUCUACCACUAUCUUCUUCUCCUUAAUUCCCCCAAUUCAAUUCCACUGUCAGAAAAGCAUAAACAUAACCCACCACACCAAGCAAUCCCACAAUUUUUUAAAAAUAAAAGUUAAAUGGAAACCCCAAAUCAGCAAGAACAAGAAACAAUUCGGCAACCAAAUCAAAAUCACAUGUUAUUUUUAAGAAUAAUGAGCAAAAGGCGAACUUGGGUAGCUCUCUUUGUCUUAGUCUAUGGUAUCCUUUUGUACUCUUCAUGGAACCUUCUUCAAUCAAUCCUUAAUUGGUACAACGCCACUGUCUCUCCUUCGUCCUCUUCGCCGGCGGUUAAAGGGUGGCCAGCAGCGGUUUACGCGUCGGUGAUGCUGGGUGGAGUCUUCGGGGUGAUGUCGAUGGCAGCGGCGUUUGCGGUGGCGGUACCGGCGAUGCUGAUGACUUGGAUUACUAUCCUUGUGUUGCUGACUUUCUGUGGUACGGGGCGGAAUGAUCUUUUGAUUGAAGGGAAAAAAUUAACGGCUGAGAUUUCUGGGGUAGUGGUGAAGAUCUUGAUCAAGGAAGGGAAUUUUGUGGCUGCUUUUUGUGCUGUUUUGGGUUACUUUUUGCUGGUUAGGAAAAGUUCUAACGAGGCUGAUUGAAGGUGAAGAUUGUUUAGGUUCGGAUAUAGGUUUUGAAUUAAGCAUGGUGUUGUAUUAUUUACUUUAGAUGCUUAAUUAAAAACUUACUUUAACGUUGGAUCAUGUUAGUAGAAUUGUAGUGUAUAACAAUGUGUUUCUAAAUUCUAACUUUAAUUUGAAAAGUAAGGUUUGGUGUAAACAAUUUGUUUCUAAAUUCUAACUUUAAUUCGAAA